AGCCGGCAGCUGCAGACGACGAAAUACGCUACACAACACAUGAUGCAGUACAGUGUUCUGCCGCGCUCUCUGAAUUUUGUGCACGGGACAGUCGAUACGGUGUUCGAAACAUGAAGACGAAGUAGCUUUAUUUUUUAUUGUUACACAGUCAUUGUUACAUCAGGCUAAGCUAUGGAGGGGUACCCAUCCAAGUUUUACGUUUACAUGUUCAUGCUGUUCAGGAUUGGAGGAGGCUUUUUUGUUACGACAUUCUUCGUGCCGGAUGAGUACUGGCAAUCAUUGGAAGUUGCUCAUGACUUUGUAUUUGGCUAUGGGUACAGGACAUGGGAAUGGAAAUAUGGCAUUCGAAGCGCGCUGUACCCAUUGUUUGUUGCUGGGCAAUACAAAUUGUUGAAGCUUUUAAACUUGGACACAGUUUACAUGGUCACGACAGUUCCAAAGCUGGUUCAAGCAGCGAUGUCAGCUCUGGGGGACUACUGGACGGUGAUGUUGGCACGGCUGCUGUUCGGAGACACGGGUGCAGGCUGGACAGCUUUCUCCCUCCUUUGCUCGUGGUUCCUGCAUUAUACUGCUUCCAGGACAUUGACAAAUGUGGCCGAGCAAAGCAUUACAGCAGCUGCUUUGUACUUCUAUCCUUGGGGGGGACAGAAACAACCAAGUACAUCGUGGGCUUAUAUGUGGCUAGUUGGCCUGGCCUGUAUGAUACGACCCACAGCUGCAAUCAUGUGGUUACCCUUCCUGCUUCUGCAUCUGGUUAGAGGUGUACAUUCCAAAGGGUUCCUUCUAAGAAGGCUUAUAUUCACCAGUGUGGUGUGCUUCGUGCUCCAGCUACUCAUCGACCGCUGGUUCUACGGCUACUUUUUGGUGACCCCGUGGAACUUCAUCAAGAUGAACUUGUUCAGAAAUAUAGGUGCCCAUUACGGCACGAACCCAUGGCAUUGGUACUUCAGCAUGGGACUGCCGGCUGUGCUGGGGCUGCAGAUGGUUCCGUUCUUUCUUGGAAUUCGUGCCAACCGUUGUCGUCUGCUCGUUGGUGUGGUCUUCUGGCACAUGUUCACACUAAGUCUAGUAAGCCACAAGGAAUUCCGUUUUCUUCUGCCCAUAAUGCCUCUUGCCAUGUGCGUUUGUGGAGCAGGCAUGGCUAGGCUUCCCAAAGUGUAUUCCAUGACAUUGGCGGCGCUUCUGGCAGUGGGAUUCUUUCCUCCUGCACUUUAUCUCGGAAGUGUUCAUCAGAGGGGGCAAGUGGAAGUGAUGAAUCACAUAGCAAACCUCACGGCCCGUGACAAAGAUGCCUCUGUGUUCUUCAUAAUGCCUUGUCAUUCGACUCCGUACUUUAGCCAUGUUCAUCGACGAAUCAAAAUGCUCUUCGUGACGUGCGAGCCAAACUUACAAGGUGUCAAGGAUUACAAGGAUGAGUCUGAGAGGUUUUUUAAGGACCCUGAAAGAGGUGUGAAAGGCCUGAUGAGUUGGGGCUACCCCAAGUACAUAGUGUUCUACGACACCUUCUACAAGCACAUGUUGUCGUUCGUUGCGGAUAGUGACUAUCAGUAUAAACUAAGCUUUUUCAACACUCAUAUUCCAACAAAGGGCGUCGGAAAAGAAGUCUGGUUCUACCAGAUCAUGGGGACAUGAAAGUUUUUUUGUUUUUUUUUCUGAGUGAAGGUGUGUUUUGGAAUGCUUGCGGCUGAAGUGCAAAUAAAGUUUUUGCACAAAAAGCA